AUGGCUGCUGCUACUGCUCCUGCUCUUACCAAAAAGCCUGAUCCAUGGAAGUCGUUGGUGGCUGGUUCCAUUGCCGGUGCCGUUGAAGGCGCUAUCACAUAUCCAUUUGAGUUUGCUAAGACUCGUCUCCAACUCGUCGAUAAAUCUUCAACCGCAUCGCGAAACCCUUUGAAGCUUAUUUUCACUACUGCUAAGUCUCAAGGUGUUUCUGCUCUUUACACAGGUUGCCCGGCUUUCAUUGUCGGUAACACUUUUAAAGCCGGAGUCCGAUUUUUGGGAUUUGAUGCCAUUAAGGAGGCACUCCGUGAUGACGAAGGCAAUCUCUCUAAGACUCGUGGUGCUCUUGCUGGUCUUGGUGCUGGUGUUUUGGAAUCUGUUGUUGCUGUCACUCCCUUUGAAACAAUUAAAACCGCAAUGAUUGAUGAUCGUCAAAGUGCCAAUCCCAAAUACCAGGGCCUCUUCAAGGGAACUUCUAAGCUUAUUAAGGAUAAGGGCUUUUCCGGAAUCUACAGAGGUCUUGUUCCCGUUACCAUGAGACAGGCUGCCAAUCAAAUGGUCCGUCUUGGCUCUUACAAUGCUAUGAAAUCCGUCAUUCAAGAUUCUAAACCUGAUCCCACGGCUCCUCUUUCCUCUCUUGAGACUUUUGGUGUUGGUGCCAUUGCUGGUAUCAUCACUGUUUAUACCACUAUGCCUCUUGAUACCGUUAAAACUAGAAUGCAAAGUCUUGAAGCUAAGUCCCAGUAUAGAGGUACUCUUCAUUGCUUCUACAGAGUUUUCAAGGAGGAAGGUCCUAUCACUUUUUGGAAGGGAGCAACUCCCCGGUUAGGCCGUUUGAUUCUUAGUGGUGGUAUUGUUUUCACUAUUUAUGAAAAAGUCAUUACUAUUCUUAACUAA